GGUCUGGUCCUAAUUAGUAUUGGAGGCAUGACCACUGCCUGCCGCCGCCCAGCCGACCCCGCGUCGCCCAGCGGAGGGAGGAGCCGCGGCGCUACCCCACCACCGGCCCAUCACAACACCGCCACACAUUUUCGCUCACUCGCGGGUACGGCCAACUAGGUGCGUCUUGGCCGGCGAGCCCUAGGACCACGCACCGACGCGUCUGGCCACAGUAUCUCUCAUGCUGGGCAAAGGGCGUCGCGUAGGGACGAGCCGUGCUGGUGGUGGUGCUGUUGUGAGGGUAACGUUGAGGAACAGAACAUGACGAAGACCACCGGCUUGUCCGCUGGCCCGGGGCUGGCCUGACCACUACCACCGGCCACCUCUGUUUAUGGACCUGCAUAGCUCCGCCAUUUAUGUAACUCACCUUAGCGGGGUCCACGCAAGCCCCCAUACAACGCCCUGCAUAGUGAAUGGCAAUGGAAUUACAGUGCGUGGCGGGGCUGCCGAGGCUCAGGCUAGAGUGAGGCUCCCCUGGUGGCGAGUGGUGCCGCGUGAGUGCCGUAAAGUGCGCGGAUAUCGCGAGAUCAGGUGUUGGCGAGGCUCACCCUUCUCCGCCUGCACGCACUCAUCAGCUGGGCCGCGGCCGGGGCCUGUGUCGGGGACAGUCGCAGUUCUCCUGGCGUCGUCCCUUCCCCUGACGCACUAUGUCGUGAGUGUGGGGCCACAACGAGGGGAAGGGGCAGGGGACGGCGCAGGGGGAGGCCGUGAGGAGCCGUGAGGAGCGAGGAGAGCUGAUCCCGUCACGUGGGGCCGCGUAUUGACUCACCCGCCUCCGUGACGAAUCAACAUCCAGCGGCUCCCGGGCCCAAGUGCGUUCUAGCGGGCGCACACGCCGCUCUCACACGGACUUGUUUUGACCAGUUUUCGAGGAGUUCUAGUGUGUGUUUUCCAUUUCUUUGUUGCGUGGUGCCCUGGUACAGUGCAACACGAGUGUGCAGGUGAUACUUGGAGCAAUUCUCAUGUGAAAACUGACUUGUUUUGCAGGAUGAGUUGGUCCCGCUAGAACGAUCUGUUAUAAAUUUCCCGUCACGUUCCUAGUCGUGCGUGUGACCGUGACACAUUCUACAGUACACUCACGCACGCGCACCUACCCGGGCCAGUUGUGUGCUUGGCGUGGGCCAGUGCGAAUAUGACAGAGGUCGUGGACAAGACGCUCAUUGAGAGGUUGAUACUAGAGCACUCUGACCGCCUCGAGUUGGAGAUCAACCAAAAAGCGCGCGCUGAUGCUUGGAAAUUCUAUUAUCGUGUUCGAGUGGACCAUGUGAUUCGGCCGUUUGCCGUGUGCAAGGUGUGUUUUCGAGUGUUACACUGCGACUCGCGGAGCGGGACUGCCAGCCUCCUGCGACAUCCCUGCAACCCCCUGUCGGAGCGGUCCCCCGUCAACCGCGCCGUCAAGCUCUCGGCCAAGCUCAACCUCCCUGUCGACACCUCGGCAGCGGCGCUCAAGGGCGACCUCAAAGGUGACACUUUUCUCAAUGACAAUAACAUCAAGGAGGAGGUCCUCGCUAAGCAUGAGGCGCCUCCACACAGUGAUGGCGGGAGCGCUCGCUCCUCGCCUGUGUCGCUCACCACGGUGGCGUCGCGGGCCUCUCCCACCAGCACGGGCUCGCCUCCCACCGCCGCGCAGCCCACCACCACCUCCUCCGGCAGCGCCUCCGCCGGGAGUAGGAAACGGAAAGCCGGUGGGCCACCUCCUUCGUUCCCCUUAGACUUGAGAUUCCUGCAGUUACCUCAGCUGGUGGCGGCGGCGGCGGCACACCCGCUCACCGCCUUCAACUUUGCCUUCAGCGACCCACAGCGCCUGCAGCACCUCCAGCAGCUACAACAGUCACACUUGGAACACCUCCACCGCCAGCAGCAACAGCAGCAACAGCGUGAGAAGGAGCGCGAGGAGCAGGAGGCGAAGAGAGCUCGGCUAGAAGCGGCGGCACAGGAAGGGCGCGGUGGCAGCCCGAGCAGCCCUGGCGAGGCGAGCAGCUCCUGCUGGGGCCGGGACGGCGUAAAGAAGGAGCGAGCAGACACCAGUGACGGUGCCGUGCCGGAAGACCUACGAGGGUGGUCAUCCCCCAGCAGGUAUGGAGGGCGCGUGCGCGGCGGCCACGAAGACACGUCGGAUGACGGGGGCGGGCUGGCUAAGGACGUGGUGCAGCAGCUGGUGAGCUGCGGCUCCUCCCGCAUCACCCUGGCGGAGAAGGACGCCGCGGGCUCGCACUACAUCUCCGACGUGUGGUCCAGGUUCUCGGUAGUGUACGUGGACGGCGUCAUCAGGCCCUUCGCCGCCUGUAAGAACUGCCUGAAGGUGGUCACCUACACCAAGUACAGCGGCACGGGCGGCCUGCUGCGCCACCGCUGCUCCGCCACAGACCUCAGCUCCCGACACCACGACGAGGUGGGCGCCCCAACAGAGGCAGACCCGCGCCUCGGAGACUCACCUCCGCCCUCGGUGCGCGCUCUCCCCGCCUCAGCCCACGCCGCCCAGUCAGGCUCCCCUCGCAGGUCGCCGCUGAGCCUCGCCUUGAGGGGUGAGAGCGAUGGGGCGCGACACCUGUCCGACGAGCUGCCCCUGGCGCCCACGGCCGCCAUGGCCGGCGUGGCGAGGGCGCUGCUCCGCUACAUGUGCCAUGACCUUGUGUCCCCCUCAGCCCUCGACUCUCCGGCCUUCCAGCGGCUGGUGUGGACGGUGCUCAACCUCGGGGCGGCACACGGCACCUUCCGCGAGGAAGAGCCGCUGCCCUCCGCCAGGCAGCUGCUCAUCACCUUCCUCACGCCUAUGGCCGGCGAGUCCCGCUCCUUGAUCGCCAGGGCGGUGCUGGACCAGCCCAGCCUCUGCCUGUCUCUGCACCAGGACCGCGAGAUGCACCUCAUCACGGGCGCCAUUCACUUCAUCACCCCGAAGUUCGAGCUGCGCAGCUACGUGCUGGGCGCGCACCGCAUCCUGGAGAAUGAGACCGAGGAGGAGUCCGUCACGGCGCUGCUGUCAGGCUUCUUCAACGACGUGCUGGUGCCGGCAGCCAUGAGGGACAAGCACGUCACCGUGGUGAGUGACCAGGGCACGCCAGCAGAGCCGGGCGUUGUGGGCGUACGCUGUGUGUGGCACGCGACAGAGGCCGUGCUGGAAGCGCUGUCGGAGGAACCGUCGUAUCGUCAGAUAUGCGACGACGUGGCUUCCGUGCUGGCCUUCCUGGCAGACUCUGGCGUGGCCAGCGUGUCGGGAUGCGGCUUGCAGCCCCAUGAGGUGAAGCGGUGGGACGCCCUCCUGCACGCCCUCACCUUUAUCACCGCCCACCACGACGAGCUGUGUGUGGUGAUGGCCGGCUGUGAGGGGGGCGCCUCCCUUCUGGGGGAGCGACUCAACUACCAGGAGGUGGCCGAACUCCUGGGGGGUGUGCGGCGGUGUCUCCUGACGGUGCGUGACCCUCUGAGGCCCACGCUGAACCAGGCAGUGCUGUGCCGCGCCAAGCUGCUGCAGCUGUGCGCCUCACCCGCCAGCUCCAAGCCUCUCAAGCAGCUGAAGCAGCAUCUGGCCAGCAGCCUCACCGACGCCCUUGCCCUCACGCCCCUGCAUCAUGUCGCCAGCUUCCUCGACCCGCGCUGCAAGAGCCUCAAGGUGUUGUCGGAGACGGAGAAGGGCGAGGUGCACCGCCACGUGCUGGAGAUGAUGAAGUCCGUGGCGGUGACUGAGGCCAACUCCGGCGUGCUCAACUUGAAGACUCACAACAGACGCGCCAACAGCCACACCCACAACCACAACUCCACCACCACCGCCACAUCCACCACCACCAGCACCACCACCUCCUCGUCCUCGUCCUCCUCGUCCACCCCUACCAGCCAAGCCUCACCGGACGCCUCCAACGCCACCACCAACAACAGCACGCAGGAGGGCCAUCCGUUCCGGGAGUACAUGGACAACCCGGCCCCCGACACCUCUGUUUCUGAUAGCGAGGAGAUCAUGGCCUAUGUCAACAUGAAGGUGCACCUCGAGGACGAUGACAUCCUGGGGUGGUGGUCGGGCACAUCAGCUUCAGGCCUCUCCACCCUCCGCCUGCUGGCCCGCAAGAUCCUCUCUGUGCCCGCCACCUGUGCCUACGCCCACGACGUGUGUGGCCACGCCCGCCAGGCCUGCCAAACCAUGGGCCUGGUGGAUGAGUCUCACCUCAACAACGUUCUCCACAUGAAGUACAACAUGAACUAGAGAUUCCCAUAGAUUAUAUUUUCUAUUCGGUUGCCAAAAUGAAGUAUUUAUCCACUAUAGGCCAAAGGUUUGUGCCUGAGGAGUACUUUUUUAACUACUGGUGUAAGAACAGUCUAGGAAGUGAUGUAUAGAGUGUCAUCGUUAGUUACACUAGUUGUGGGACCUGCAGCGGGCGAGGCCAGGAUCACAAAUUGUGGGUGUGCCUCGGGGGCUUCCUCUGCAUGCUCAUGGAAAAUGAGAUGUCAUAGAAUAGUGAGAAUAACCUUACCUGUUACCUUGACUUAAAUAUCCUUGGACAAACCUCACUUUGUCCUCCAUUUUAGCAAACACAAAGCUCAUAUUUCACACAACAAACUGCAAUAUUUUUACUAUGUAUCAAACACACGUCCAGUUCUGUAACAAAGAGUCAAGUUCAGUCACUAUUCAAGCAUCACAAGCAACCCUUUCAGGUGUUAAGAUAAAAACACACAACCCUUGUUUUUUACAGCCUGGCCUCAGCUGUGGGUCCCGACAAGCUCACGUGAAUGAAGCCAAAAUGUAACUCACUUUUUUUGCCAUAUGAACAGCUGUGACGUGGGGCGAGUCAGAGAUUAUUUCCAACAAGGAUGUAGUGUGUGUGUGUGUGUGUGUGUGUGUGUGUGUGUGUGUGUGUGUGUCUGUGUGUGUGUGUGUGAAUAUUACUGUGAAGUAGGACAUGACACCAAUAAUUCAGAAAGAGGGAGAAUAAAAUUUCCCAGAGAGAGAGAGAUUACACUGAGAUGUGUUUAUGAAUGUGAGAAUGUGAAGCAGGAUGCAAUGUCAGCAGUUCAGAUGACAGAGAUUAGGUGAAAGUUUAGAUAGAGAGAGAGAGAGAGAGAGAGAGAGAGAGAGAGAGAGAGAGAGAGAGAGAGAGGUGCAUUGUGUGAAAGAGAAACACUGUAUUGAGCUGUUUGUGUAAAAAGAAUGUGAGAAUGUUAAGUAGAACAAAAUCAACAGUUCAGAUGAUAAAGAUUAAAACUUCAAAUUGAGAAUGUGUGAGAGGAGGAGACAGUACUAGGCAGUGGAUACAAGACAACAUGUGCAUACAAAACAUAUGUGUCAGAUGCUGUGAGCCUGGAUGUGGCCAAUGUAUAGCCUGGAUUAGGAAACUUAUCUUUAUUUAUUCAGUGUGUGUGUGUGUGUGUGUGUGUGUGUGUGUGUGUGUGUGUGUGUGUGUGUGUGUGUGUAGAAGGUAAUGCUCAAAGGUAACACAGUGAGCAGGUUAUUUUGAGGUUGUGUCUUGGUUGUUAGUGUUUACUGUUUAGCUUAACAAUAUCCCUUUCCAGUCCCUAUAACUAGAUGUGAUGUUUAUUCUUUGUUCUUUGAUCAAGACUAGUUAUGAUGCGUCACUCACUUCUCAGAAUGGUUGUACGACUAGAGUAAGAACAGUGUGUGUCAAUUUUUUCUCUUGGAGUCGAGUUAGGAUAAUGGAGUAAUAGUGUGGUCAGAAUGAUAAAGUGUUUGGUUCCAUGGACUGGUAGAGUUUAUCACCAAAGCGCUACCAGAUUGGCUCUCGUCUUGAGUUCAGUAGUGAGAAAUGGUAAUGAAUUAGAUGUAGUACACUGCAUUCUUAUUGUUUAUUGAGAGACAGGAGUGUGGAUUAAGGAAACACAGUGGAUUCUUAUUGUUUAUUGAAAGACAGUAAUGUGGAUCAAGGAAGUACAGUUUUUGUAUUAUUAAAUGCUUUAGAGGAAUCAGGAAGGUAGGCAUGUAAUGCAGACAAUUGAUCAGUAUUGUAUUGCUUCCAAAUGCCAAGUAAUUGUACACCUCCUGAAUUAGUUUCCAUGGGGCAGGUGGAAGAGUGUAAGAAAGAGGCAUUUGUUUAUUGCCUCAACUUUUCAAAUGAGGUAGUGAAGUAGAUUUGAGGAAGGUUGAUGAGAAAAUUCUUAAAUACAGAAGGAUGAGUUUCUUGGUGUGUGUGUGUGUGUGUGUGUGUGUGUGUGUGUGUGUGUGUGUGUGUGUGUGUUUGUGUGUGUGUGUUGGUGACUUCCUGUAGUGUUUCUCUCAUGGUUGUGUUUUAGUCUCCUCCAGUUAUUCUUUACCAUUUGUGGUGUAAUAUUUUCUUUAAAAGGUUCUCAUUAAGUUAAAUCCUCAUCAGUUACUUUUACACAUUCAAGGAGAGUGAACAAACUUUUCACUGUUUACUUUUACUUUGAAAAUCAGUGACUCAUUUCCUCAACUCUGGUCUGGAUGUGUGUGAUGAGUGAAACAUUAUUCAUCUUGAACACUGAAGUUGAUGGAUUUACAUGGUGACAAUAUGUGAUUCUUCCAUAUUUUGUAAGUAUUUGAUAUUUACAUUUGCAUCUGUAGACAUCAAAGGCUUCCACUUCAAAACAGUAUUGAUACAAACUUGCUAAUUUGUUCAUUGUUUGAUUUUAAUAAGUUUAAGUCACAAGUCGCCAAAUAUUUUGUAAACUGCAAAUGUAAUGAAGUGUCAAACAGAUGGAUUGAUUGACAGGGAGAGAGAGAGACAGAGAGAGAGAGAGAGAGAGAGAGAGAGAGAGAGAGAGAGAGAGAGAGAACACUAUUUCCAGCUCCUGUAUAUGUGUUUGAGAGGGAGAGAGUGAGAGUUCAGGUUGGAUAUGUAGAUUGCAGUUAUUUAGUGUUUCUUUAAGUGGCAAAGAAGCAAAAAGCUGAUAUCAGUGAUAAGAUAUAAAGGCUCCAUCAUCAAAGGAGGUGAAGAAGCAACACUAGGAGCUUGUUGUAGCUUAACUCAAAGAAUGUUUAAGUCUGGAAGUGAGACACAACGGAGAGAAAGAUUACAUUUCAUUCCAGUAUUUACCUGCAAAACUUAGAAUCAGCUGUGAAUGUGAAAGAAGGAUAAAAUUAAGCAUUAGAAGUAGAAGAAUAGGAAAAGUAGAUAUCACCUGGUUAGCCAAAUUCUAGUAGAAAUCCCCAAGGCUCAAUGAUUUCUCUUCCGCCAGAGUUAGAUAGACAGAGUGAUAGACAGAUGAUGAAGGGCAUAAAACCUAUUGGCUCAGAACAGAUCAAAGAUAUCAGAUUCUAUAAUGAUAGUUUAAUUAAUGUACUUUAUGUUGCUCAAUUCUUAAGUGGUGAACAAACAUUCUGCCUGUUGAGAGAGAGAGAGAGAGAGAGAGAGAGAGAGAGAGAGAGAGAGAAGGUUGUGCCAAAGACUCCCACGUAUGCUCAAUUUUUUUGCGGUAGUCCAAGUGUUACUGUGUUGAUGUGUUGUUGAGGUGAGGAGUGUUACGUGCGUCACAGUGUUUAGGCGAGUCACGUUGUGUUAUCAUUGUGGGGACGGAAAAUUACAGAAAAACAGUGACAGAGAGUAAAAAAGGAAUACCUGUUGUGAAGGAGAAAAGGAAAUAGAGGAAAAAUGCGAUAUAGACAUAGGAGAGAUAAAAUGGAAAGUGGAUAAGUAUUCUAUUGCUUCUAGAUAGAAAGAGAGAAAGAGAGAGAGAAUCUUUGUGUGUUUAGGUAUCAUAGUUUUAUCAAUAAUCUGUUCUUCCCUCCAGUAAACCAAUACCUCUUUAGGGUUGUUAUCAGUGUUGUGUUAAGGAAGAAAUUAACAUUCUCUUCAUUAUUUUUGUGAUCAUCUUUUAUUAUUAUUACUAUGGUCAAUCAUUACUGUGUUGUUAUUGUGGUUGUGUCCACCACACCAUUGUCUUUGAUGGCAACUUUGUGAUUCUUCCGUAACAUUUCGUUCUUCCUUCCGUCAAUAUGUGUUCUAUUCAGUAGUUGAUAAUGAUAAUACUAGUGUACUGUGCAUCAGCAAUGUAUAAACAAACCUGCAACAGAUGUGCCAAACUUUUCGAAACACAAAACUUACUUAGUGGUUUCUGAAGAGACUUUUCUCAGAUAUUUAGAUACAAAAAACAAAAACAUUUACUACUACUACUACUACUACUACUACUACUACUACUACUACUACUACUACUACUACUACUACUACUACUACUACUACUACUACUACUACUACUACUACUACUACUACUACUACUACUACUACUACUACUACUACUACUACUACUACUACUACUACUACAACAGUAUCAGCAUAUGUUAAUCCUACACUUUUUAUACAAUAUUAUACAUAUAUGGAUUGAAAGGUUGUAUACAAGACUGUGUUGUGUAGUUCUGUAUGUAUCUUCCAUUGCCAUACUUUAGGUGACUAUGCCAAAUUGGUGUGUUCAUUAAGACAGGUGUUGAGGAGAGGAGGUGCACAGGUGGCAGUGUUGAGGCAGACAGCAGCAGAAGGGAACAGUUUUCUCACUCUAACAAGACUCAGUAUGAAAGAGAAUAGUUUUUCAUUUAACCUUGGACUCACAUACUUUACAAUGAAGACACAAGAUUUUUCAUCUUUAGAUCUCACUUUUGUUAGGAUAAAGUGUCAUCCAACCUUUUUGUUGUAGUUUGUGGAAGUGGUUGAGGGAAAUCAUCUAUUGUCUUGUAUUUUAGUGUGUUAUGGCUGAUGAUGCUGCUGACUCUGCCUCAUUUCUGUCACCUGGUAUCUUAGUGAGUUGUAAAGAUAGGUGAGCAGUUAUGUCUACCUACAGGAGCACAUACAUGUAAUUAGCAUCUACAGAACAGAAAUCUCAUCUGAAUGAAUGAUUUAAAGUCAACUUUGUGAACCAAGAAAGUUUCUUUACUCAAUCUUGUGCCAUCUGGAUAUGAUUUCUUAGUUUGUUUUAAUUUCAUCUGGUACAUUCAGAUGGAUUUCCCAUUCCUGUGUGCUGCCAUUCAAGCAAAUUGCUGUGAAUGUGACAGAUGAGCGUUGGCCUUGCUGGCGAAGAGUAAGAUCUGUGAGGCACAGUGUGUACAAAACAAAACUGAUGAAUGUCAGUAUAAUGUGUAUGUAGUAGUGUGUUUAGGAUGAAGCUGGCGUGACGGUGAGGUGAUGUGAAGGUGCAUCAGACGUGUUGUGAGAUAGGUCAGGUGUGUGUUCAUAGUGGGGUUGUGAUGUGCACCCCGUAUGUUGGCACUUUAUUGUCUCUUUAAGUGUUGCUAUUGUCGGUUCUCAUUUUUUUCUGUAUUCCUUAUGAGACGUGAGGAGUUUUGUACAUUGUCUCGCUUCGUGCUGUGUUCACAGAAGAUAGGUUGUCAUGUGUUCUUUUGGCUUUUAGGGUGGAAGGGAAAAAAGAUAAUGUUUGAAUCAAAACCAUGAAAAUCAAAGUUUGUUUAAAAAGAUAAUUGUUCGUCUAAAAGCAAAUGAAGUAUGAAGUAAAGUUCAUAACAUUUUCUUCAUGUGAACACAGACUCUUUGCUGAAUAAUCCUUUAUUCACCUCAAGUCAGGGGCGAGCAAAGCCUUAGUAACUGAAGUGGAUACAUGAAUGAGUCAGUUGAGUAAUAUCUAAACAAUUUGACUCAUUCCUUCAGUGCAUAAGAAAAGAUGUAUAAUUUUUCUUCAAUCACUUUGACGCACAUUACCAAGGUUGUAUGGAGUGAGGUGAGGAGAACAAGGGAGAGCCAGACAGAGACAGACUAAUAAGUGAUGAGAAAGGUACGUUGCCAGUCCCUGACUCUUGUUAUGGGUACAGAAAUAGGUAAUUAUGUAGGUGUUAGUCGACCUGGGCUGAUUCAACCACAGGUAUUGACUCUAAGGUUUGGAUUCUUAAAAAAAAUAAUGGUAAUUUUUCCAGAGUUGUGCGUAUUGGCCCAAGCAUUCCACGCGCCUCGGUGCAACUUUGUGUGUGUGUGUGUACAUAUAUAUGUGUAUUUGUCUUGUUAUUUACUCUUGUUAUUAUUAUUGUUUCUUUGUUUGUUUUCCUUCUUUUUUUUUCCACUGCCCUGAGGAUCAGCUGAGAGAGUUGGAAGCUUGUGUGAGAAAAUGCAGUGAAAAACAAAUAUGAUCACAGCGCAGCACGUCAUGCUGCAGUUCAUCAGUUGUAGUGCUUUUUGUUCUUUCAUUUGUGAUGUUAUGGAAGAAAAGUUGAUUGCACCUGUUAGCUGAGACUUUCAAGACCAGCAUUGGACUAAUUUGCACCUUGUACUUGAAAUUUGUGAUGAGAACGAGUCACAAAAAAAGAACAGAAACAAACAAACAAACAAGCAAACAAGGGAAGGAAGUGCAGUGCUCAAGUAUAGGUUUUCUCCUUAUUAUUUAUUUAUUAAUACUAACUUAUCAAAAUCCUUUCUGCUCCUCAUUUAUCGCCGGCAGAGGAUUGUGGGUAAGGCUUGUGGUGGUGUGGGGGAGGAGGGGCAGUGCUUAACUGUGCCCUCUUGUGUACAUAUAGUGACACACACACACACACACACACACACACACACACACACACACACACACACACACACACACACACACACACACACACACACACACACAGUUAUAGCAAGGUUACAUGUCUAUUUGCUCAUAUAUGUAGGAAUGUAGUAUAAUUAUUAUUUUUUUGGGGGUGCGUAUGUGUGUGUGUAUAUGUGUGUGUGUGUGCAUCGUUUCGUUUCUAUAUCAUGUAUUUUUGGGGUUUAAUGUUGUAUAAUUAGUAUUUCUGCAGACUUUACUCAUUUUUUCUCAUCUUUUUAAUAUACAUGUAGAAUCUCUCUUUAUUUUCUCCUCUUACUUUCAUUCAUUUUUUUAUAUAAUGUUUAUAAAAUCAUGUAUCAUUAACUUAUGAAUUAACUACAAUUCUGUAUAUGGUUGUAGUGCUUUUCUGUUGUCCUCUUUGCAACUCUUGUUCCUUGUGUAUACAUCGGGGCGUCUGUGUGUCUGUAUGAUCAAUUGUAUGUUAUUAUUAUUAUUUUCCUUUACAGGUACUAUCAACAGUCGCUCUCACGGUUCAUUGUCUGUCAGCAUUCCAAUAUUAUUUCGCUUCUAACUCCUUUCCGCUGGUCUGUCCUCUCUUCGUGGGGUCUCUGAAGGGUAUAACACUAACUUGUCUAACGUUGUGUGCCAUAACUUUGUAAAAGACAUUAUUAUUUUUUAUACUAAACUUUUCAACAAUAAACUUUUUGCAUUUUUCUCA